CAAAAUGGUAAACAAAUUAAUAUCAUCAUCCACGUCACUACUUUCACCUAUAAAAUGUUCCCGCUACCACUAGCAAAAUCCCAAAACAAAGAGAGUAGUCCACCAUGAAACUAAGCAACACCACUCUCGUCUUCUUCUUCUUCUUCCUCAUCUCUCUCUUCUCUUUAUCGUCGUCAGCUUCAUCUAACAAUGGCUCGACCAUCUUGUUCACGACGAUAGGGAGACCCACUUUCGAAUUCGACAUCUUCACUCUCCCAACAAACAAACUUCCACCCUCUCCCGCAGAUGAGCAUCGUCUCACCGAUGGCACGUCCAUUAAUUUCAACGGCCAUUUCGCUUCUCCUUCUCCGGCGCUUAUCUCACUUCUUCCCAACAACUCUCGUAUUCAACUACAAGACUCGUCUCUUGUACAUCUCAUCUACGUUACCGAGAGAGACGGCACGCCUAGCUUAAACUACGACGUCGUUUCUAACUCCGGGUCAAGAGUUCGUGGUCAGUUAUUUUCCGGCGAUAAGAGUGGCAUGGCUGUGAACUCGAUGCAGGAUAAGCCUGUUUUGACUAACGAGUAUCUCGUUUACGUGUCGACACAUGAGGAUCCGGGUAAGCCGAUGGCGAGUUGGGCCGCCGUAUACUCUACCGAGUUACGAUCUAAGUCGACUCGACGUUUGACACCACCUGGAAUCGCUGAUUUUUCUCCGGCGGUGUCUCCGUCUGGGAAAUGGACCGCCGUGGCUUCGUUCGGGGAGAAAGGAUCGGCUUGGAGCUUGGUUGCGAAACAGAUUAGUACAGACAUCUACGUUUUCCUGACUAGUGACGGGACUCAGCGAGUUAAGGUCGUCGAGCUAGGAGGCUGGCCGAGUUGGGUCGACGAUUCUACUCUUUAUUUCCACCGGGAAAGCGACGACGGCUGGAUCAGCGUGUACCGAGCGGUUUUACCCAAAACCGGACCGGUUAACAUCAAAUCGGUUUUGGUUCAACGAGUCACACCACCGGGUGUUCACGCGUUCACACCCGCCGCGUCACCAAACAACAACAACUUCAUCGCUGUUGCCACAAGGAGGCCAGGAUCAGACAUCCGCCACGUGGAGCUCUUCGAUUUGAAGAAGAACGCGUUCGUCGAGUUGACUCGUCUUGUAUCGCCGAUGAGUCAUCACUUUAACCCGUUUCUUUCCGCUGACUCGUCCCGGGUCGGGUACCAUACCUGCAGAGGCGACGCAACUGGACGUAAAACUCCCCGGAAUCUCCUCCAGAACAUCAAAACCACUUCCGACGACCUCUCUCUCUUCAGAUUCGACGGCGCGUUCCCGACAAUCUCGCCGGAAGGUGAUCGGUUCGCGUUUCUCUCUUUCACAGGCGUGUUCGUGGUGAACCAAGACGGUUCAGGUCCACGUCAGGUGCUUCCGCAGAUGGGAUUUGGAACAGUUUGGGAUCCAGUUCGACGUGGGAUACUGUACACAAGCUCAGGCCCGGCUUUAGCACCAGGGAAAUCUCAAAUCGAUGUUCUCGCCAUUAACGUCGACGCAACAAACCCGUCAACCGCCGUUAAGAAGCUCACGACUAAGGGGGAGAACAACGCGUUUCCAUGGCCGUCACCUGACGGUAAAAGGAUCGUGUUCCGUUCUGCUCGGUCCGGUACUAAAAACCUUUAUAUUAUGGACGCGGAGAAAGGUGAAGCUGGUGGUUUGUUCCGGUUAACUAAUGGGAACUGGAACGACACGAUUGCUACUUGGUCACCAGAUAACAAUUGGAUUGUGUUUGCAUCGAACCGGGAAUUUCCCGGUACGUUGUUGAUGAAUUUGUAUGUAGUUCACCCGGAUGGAACCGGUUUAAGGAAGCUGGCGCAGAACUUGACCGGUGGGGUGUCCAUGCAUCCUAUGUUUAGUCCCGACAGUAAGAGAAUCGUGUUUACUUCCAUUUAUGCUGGACUCUCGGCUGAGCCGAUUGGUACUCCGCGUUUCAACGUCCCGAGUAGUGAGAUCUUCACGGUGAAUUUGGACGGCUCUGGUUUGACGAGGCUCACGCAUAACUCGCUGGAAGAUGGACCACCCAUGUGGUUCCCCAAGAUCAAAGCUACUGGUGAUGUGGCUUGGCCUAAGAGGUUUGGGCCUAGUUGCGCUAUGGAAGAUUUCAAGACGCAAAAUACGACCCAGAAAAUGACGGCUAUAAAUAAGCGCGCAACAAUGUCUUUGUGUGCUGUUCCUUCGCAAUGAUUUUGUAGCCUAAAGAAAUAAUAUUUUUUGUUAUGAUGAUAUUUUUUAUUAAGUAUUUUGGUAGCCUAAAGAAAUAAUAUUCCUUAAGAUUUUUAAUAUU